AUGAAGGCCAAGUUCGCUCUCGGGACGCUCGUCGUCGCGUCGCUUCCGAUCCUGGGAACUUGCGUCAACCCACUGGUCAAUCUGACAUACGCCACGUACAUCGGGCGGCCGCUUGUCAAUGGAAUCACGCAAUGGCUAGGCAUCCGCUAUGCAGCGCCGCCAGUGGGCAACCUCCGGUUCGGACCUCCCCGAGAUCCGCUCUUCGUCCCUACGCCGCAGCAGGCCAACAAGCACGGGAAGUUCUGCCUCAAGACGGGAGACAGGCCGAACAGAACGAUGACGUCCGAGGACUGUCUCUUUCUCGACGUCUACGCGCCCAGCAAUGCGACAGCCGACUCCAAGCUGCCCGUCUUUUUCUUCAUCCAGGGCGGCGGCUUCAACGGCAACUCGAACCCCAAUCUCAACGGUACAGGCCUUGUCAUGGCGAGUCAAAACUCAAUCGUUGUCGUGACCUUCAACUAUCGUGUUGGACCCUACGGCUUCCUGACGGACGGGAAGAACGCGACUGCUAACAACGGGCUCCAUGACCAACGCAAGGCGCUCGAGUGGGUGCAGAAAAACAUUGCCCGGUUCGGCGGCGAUGCCGGCCACGUCGUGCUUGGCGGCUCGUCGGCCGGCGCCGCCAGCAUCAGUCUGCACAUGAUCGCAUACGGAGGCAAAGACAUGGGCCUCUUCCACGCCGCAGCCGCCGAGUCGGUCUCUUUCGCCACGGCCCUCACGGUCAAAGAAUCCCAGUACCAGUUUGACAACUUCGUCAUCAGGCUCGGCUGCGUGGGGAGCGACCCGCUUGCCUGCCUGCGCGCAAAGUCGGCCAAGGAACUGCAGGCUCAGAACUUCAACAUACCCUAUCCCGGAUCCGCCAACAAACCUCUAUACAUGUGGAACCCCGUCAUCGACAACGACCUUCUCUCCGAAAUUCCCUACGUUGCCUUUGACAGAGGCAACUUUGUCAGAGUUCCGGUGAUAAUCGGCGAUGACACAAACGGGGGCACCACCUUUGUGCCAUCAACCACUUCGACACGUGGCCAAAGCAAUCAGUUCUUGAAAGACCAGUUUCCCUACCUCACACUGCAGCAGCUGAGCAAGCUCAACGACCUCUAUCCGAAUCCCGAUCAGGGUGACUGCCCCAAUGAGGGCUGCUGGUGGCGCCAAGCGAGCAACGUCUACGGGGAGAUGCGGUACAUGUGCCCCGGACUGUUUAUCAGCGCAGCUGUCACGCGAUACGGGGUGAAUGCAUCAUACGCUUACCGCUGGAACGUGGAAGAUGCAGCGCAAAUGAGCGCAGGGCUCGGCGUCCCUCACACCGUUGAGAUUAACGCCCUGUUUGGGCCAUUCAAUGUGCAAAGCAUGCCACCUGCCAGCUACUUUCCCAACGGCACAAAUGCGCACGCAGUCCCGGUCAUUCAGGGAUACUGGACGAGCUUCAUACAGACAUACGACCCGAAUAGGAAGAGGUGCUGCGGGUCUGCCGUAUGGAAGCGCUGGGACAACUGCACGAAGGAGCGUCUGCGGUUUGAUAGCGGGGGCUGGACCACAAUAGAGCCAAUCGAUGAUGGGCUCAAGAAGAGAUGCGAAUAUCUACACAGCAUAGGGGUGGGCCUUCAGCAAUGA